AUGGACUUCCAAAUGUUCGCCCUGGUCAUGCUGCUGUUGGCCAGCGUGGAGCAAAGCCUUGCCAGCUGUGUAGUGGACAGCUUCACAGUCAAACAGGACUUCGACCCCCAAAGAUAUGCAGGUAAAUGGUACGCCCUGCAGAAGAAAGAUCCCGAGGGUUUGUUCCUUCAGGACAACAUUUCUGCUGAGUACACUGUUGGAGACGAUGGCGCUAUGGUGGCCUCCUCUCGGGGCAGAGUCACUUUGUUCGGGUUCUGGGUUGUGUGUGCUGACAUGGCUGCUCAGUACUCUGUGCCUAAUCCCGAGAGUCCAGGCAAGAUGUUCAUGAACUACCAGGGACUUGCCAGCUAUCUCUCUAGUGGAGGUGACAAUUACUGGGUCAUUGACACGGACUACGACAACUAUGCCAUCACCUACGCCUGCCGCAGCCUGAAGGAUGAUGGAAGCUGCGAGGACGGUUAUGCCCUGGUCUUCUCCCGCAACCCCCGUGGCCUGCCCCCUCCGAUCCAGAGAAUCGUGCGCCAAAAACAGGAAGAAAUCUGCAUGGCAGGGCAGUUCCAGCCUGUGCUUCAGUCCGGUACGUGUUCACAAGAGAGUUUAGACUUGCAGAGCUUGCUAAACAUAUCCCAAACAGCAGCCAUUGAGAACUUCAUGAGUCAUCAUGCCGGGAAUAAAUCCAGCACUCCAUUAAAGCUGACCCAAGAUACAAGAAUAAUCCUGUUACACCUAAAAUUGUAA